GAUCUCCCUUCUGAAAUGGAGAAAGGUGGCUGGCAAAGGGAAGAGGUGAGGAAGACUGAGGUGGAAAAAAGAGUACACGACGAAUUAGUCGAAAGAUUGCCCGCCGACGAAAUGCACGCGGCAAGCACCAGCGACAAGCACUUCUCUUCGGAGAAGUCCGAGGAUGGAGGCGAGAGCCAAGUGCUGACCAAAAUGUCCCAGACCAUCACAGAGUCCUCUACCACCCACACGACCACGAAGAAGGAGUAUGUCUCGUCGAUGACGUCCUCGACCUUGACGAAGUCUGGACAAGAACCCAGCAGCGUUAGCGUGAAAACUACUAUUCAUAGCACGGCACAGUCGUCCUCGGAAAAUGGAACGCCCCCUGUUGUUCAGGUUUGUUAAUCGCGA